CUAUGUUAUGGCAGCUCAAUGAAGGAUCAUAAACUUACUCCAUCAUCCUUUAUCGAAUCGCUUUGAAACACCUAUAAUGUCCCAUACCCGUAUCUUUGACUUCCUCCUAUACUCAUCAAUGGAAAUGAGCUUUUUUUUUCUUUCUUCUUCUCUCCUCACAACAUGCGUGUGGAUACAUCAUAUCUGCAGAUACUGAAUGUCAUCACAGCUCUAGUCCUCCCACUUCUGUCUAGAUGCAGAGUUUCACAUCACCAAUUCAGCAUAACAAAUGACUCAAAUGGAGCAGCCAGAAAAAGCUCAACAUUAAUCGCGUCUUUUGAAACUAAGCCACAUGUGGAUUGUGUGCACCAAAACUUGAGAGAGUUGCAUGAAGCCAGUCCUACUCAUUGACCGACCAUUUGAUUAAUAAAAACCUGUUUCUUUAUUUUGGACUUGACGCCCAAGCGCAAUACUGAGUGUCCAUACUGAAGCUUCCGUCUCUUCCCAGAAGUUUUAAGGUGUUUCUUCCAACACGUCUGUUUUUUUUAAAAAAAAUAAAUAAAUACAAGAUAUACUUUGUAUUG